AUGAAUGCCAGCACCGCAGAUCUCAGUUGGCUUCCCGGCGAUGCAGACGAGCAGCUGGCGCUCGGGCUGCGAAUCAUUUCCAACGCCUAUAAAAGUCGGGUCCAGGCACUGGACAACGAUAUCAGGCAGCUGAAGGCUCAGAAUGCGGAACGUGGAGAACAGAUUGCCCUAUUUCAAAAAAAAUGCAACGCCCUGGAGGUUCAAUUGAUUGAACAGACGCAAAGAGGAAACCAGCUCGUGGAAGAGAACAAACAGCUUCUUACCACAACACGUAAACUGCAAAAAGACAUUCAGCGUCUAGAAAAUUUGAAGAAGGCAGUCCUCACUUCCAUUCAGGAAGACCGUCCAGAGGCUGACGAUUCCAGCCCUUUUCCAGUAAGCGAUGCUCCUUUCCAGACGACAGCAAGAAGAACUGUUGCCGAGCUAAGCGGAGUCGAUGACGUAGGCCUGAAAGGCCUCAGACUGGAUUUUCGCCGGGGAGGCCCUCCCCAUGGAGCAGUACUGACGGCCCACGAGGAUCCGUCUUCCAAUACCGAUGGUAGAGCUUUCUUUAAGGCGGCCCGAUGUCGUCUUUCCUUUGAAACAUUCAAUGCUUUUCUGGCGAGCAUCAAACGGUUAAACAAUCAACAGCAAGAUAGAGAAGAAACCCUCAGGACGGCCGAGCGUCUCUUUGGAGAUGCGAAUGCCGAUCUAUUCGAGGAUUUUAAGGCGCUCCUCAUGAGGCAUGCCUGA